AUGGCUUCAGUCCAGGUCCGACACACACUCAAGGACCUCGGGCCCGUCCACCCGCCCAAUGUAGAAAAGCGCGCCGUCAAGCCGUCGAUCGCGCGCCAUGUCAAUAUCCAAGUAUCCGACCCGCUUAACCACGAGGCACCCGCCAUCCUCCAUGAACCUCGCAGCUACAAUGCUACCGAGGCCAAGGGCGCAGCGGUGGUGUUGGUAUCUGGUGCAGGCGGGGGAGUAUCCGGACCAGCAGCAGACAAACUCGCCCUCCUCCUCUCCAUCCCCUGCAUCCGCCUCGACUACCGCAAACCAGCCCGCACAGAAACCUGCGUCGCCGACAUCCGCGCCACCUUCGACUACCUGCGCGACCAGUACCGCUCGACGCACUUCGUCGUCGUGGGCUGGUCCUUCGGCGGCAGCCCCUGCUUCAGCGUCGCCGCCGCCGAGCCCGACCGCGUGCGCGGCGUCGCAACCAUCGCGUCGCAGACGGCCGACACCGACGGCGUGGCCUCGCUCAGCCCGCGUCCGCUACUGCUGCUGCACGGCGAGAAUGACCGCGUGCUGGCGCCGUCGUGCUCUAAGACCCUGUUCAACCGGUACGGUACUGCGGGCCACCGCGAGAUGCGCCUGUUUCCUGGUGAUGACCAUGGACUGACGGCGCAUGCGCCGCAGGCGGAGAAGAAGAUCUUUGCGUUUGCGGCGCGGUGUCUCGGGCUCGAGAAUGUGGUUGAUCGCUCGGCGUUGGAGCAGGCCGGGCAGGACCUUGUUGAGAGUCGGAGGGAGAGGGUUAGGGAGAUGGAGUCGGGGCAUGAUCUUGAGGGUGGGGAGAGGUUGUUUUGA